GGGGGUAAUUCAGUAAUUUUGGCGACGAUCAAAGACGAGAUCUUCCCUCGCCUACAAUUUUCCUCUUCAAAUUCUCUUCUCCAAAAACAAGCCAAGAAUUUUAGCUUUUACUCCGAAAUUAGGCCGAGAAUUGUUGAGCAGGAAUGAAGGGCGGUUCGUCAGAGACGAGAUUCGUGCAGGAAUUGCUUCUUUACGCGGCGAGCGCAGCUCUGAGCUGUUUGGUGUUGUUCAUGGGGCUUCGGAAUUUGGACCCUAAUCGCGACGCUUCGAAGAAAGCCCUAGAGCAUAAGAAGGAAAUUGCAAGGCGUCUUGGGCGACCUCUCAUUGAAACCAAUCAGUACGAGGAUGUUAUAGCCUGUGAUGUUGUGAACCCUGAUCAUAUCGACGUCACCUUUGACUCUAUUGGAGGAUUGGAUUCUAUUAAGCAAGCAUUAUAUGAAUUAGUUAUUCUUCCCUUAAGAAGACCCGAUCUUUUUUCUCAUGGGAAGCUUCUUUGUCCUCAAAAAGGUGUUUUGCUAUAUGGACCGCCUGGCACUGGGAAGACAAUGCUCGCCAAAGCAAUUGCAAAAGAAUCGGGAGCUGUUUUUAUUAAUGUGAGAAUAUCAAACUUGAUGAGCAAAUGGUUUGGGGAUGCACAAAAACUGGUGACUGCUAUAUUCACCUUGGCAUACAAAAUUCAGCCAGCUAUUAUAUUUAUCGACGAAGUGGAUAGUUUUUUGGGUCAACGCAAGAGUUCAGACCACGAAGCUUUGAUUAACAUGAAGACUGAAUUUAUGGCUUUGUGGGAUGGAUUCACCACAGACCAAAAUGCUCAGGUGAUGGUUCUUGCUGCGACCAAUCGUCCAUCCGAACUUGAUGAAGCAAUUCUUAGACGUUUACCACAGGCAUUCGAAGUUGGGAGACCUAAUCUUAAGGAGAGAGUUGCAAUAUUGAAGGUGAUACUGAAGGAUGAGAAUGUUGAAGAUGGUAUCAAUUAUGACUACAUAGCCGGUCUCUGUGAUGGAUGCACAGGUUCAGAUCUUCUUGAGAUCUGCAAAAAGGCCGCCUACUAUCCAAUUAGGGACCUACUCAAUGAUGAGAAAAAUGGAAAUUCUUCUAGGGAUCCGAGGCCAUUGUCCCAGUCAGAUUUGGAGAGGGUUCUUGCUACCACAACAAGAACAACCAUUGCAGCAAGCGAAUACAGCAGAUUAAGCCCACAAUCAUCAGGAUGGCCGUGGCAUAGAGAAUCCGGUGACUAUCAGGUCCAAAAUGCCAUUAAUGAGCUAUAAAAUUUUGUACUUUCAGAAAUCUUGAGCAUUCUAGUCAGUUGAGCAAGAUCGUUAUGCUUAUACAAUUUAACCUUAAAUUUGUUCUCUGUGUAUCAGAGUUAAUAAACACAUCUGAUAUGAUCUAAUGAGGUUUUUACCCUACUGGUAGUCCCACUCAAGACUACUUGCUUUUAGUUGUCCUCUUUACUGAUCUUUCCUCUUUUUCUGAGUUUUGUCUUCUUCGUCUCCGUCUUUCCCAGGACUAAACACCAGAGAAACUCAUCUUUGCGCUAUCGGGCAGGUUUUGCCACCUUAACCCAUAACCGGCUAAAGUCAGCAUAGAUCUCACUGAAAAUUCGCCAGUUUCCCAUGGCAUGUGGUGUGUUAUCGUGCAAUGAGGGAGUAGGGAACUGGCUUAUCGCGGCCGAGCCGGUUGUUCACCGUUGCCGGAAACUGCUUUACCAUUUUAUUUGUACUCAUUCAACCAAUUUGUACUGAUAAUCUAUUUAUUUAGUGAAAUAAAAUGUUAAUUCUGUGGGUAA